AGUGAGUUGCAAAAUUUAAUUGGAUACAAAUCGAAUGGUGUUGAUGAUUCUCUAUUGAGAAAAUAUAUUUUAAAUCCAUAUAUUUACGAGACUAGUAUCAAAUUAUUUCCAAAGUGGAUUGCUCCAAAUAUGAUAACGUUGACUGGGUUUUCUUUUAUUUGCAUCAGUUUGAUUUUCUCUUAUAUUUAUGCUUGGGGAGAUACUUUCCUGAUGGGUUAUCUCCCUCGUUGGGUGUUUUUCAUUAAUGCAUUGUGCAUCUUUUUAUAUCAAACCUUUGAUAAUUUGGACGGAAAGCAAGCUAGAAAUAUGAAACAAAGCUCUCCUCUUGGAGAAAUGUUUGAUCACGGUGUUGAUGCCUUAACUUGUACAUUGGGUGGUAUGGCUUUUUUAGCUACUGCAGCAGCUGGAAAUUAUGGAGUAUGGCAAUUAUCAGUUUCCGGAGAUUUGCCUUUCAUUACUGCUACAUGGGAAGAAUUUCAUAUUGGAUAUUUGUAUUUGGGUUUCGUCAAUGGACCAAUUGAAGGAGUAUUGUCAAUUGUUUUUUCACAACUUAUU